AUGGCCGCGACAGCGACUCGCAUCAUGCGCCUCCUUGCGCUGAGUCUUUUCAUCUGCGCAGUUCUAGCUGUACCCUCGCAGAAACGAGCUGCCAAACCUAGAUCUUCUCAGUACGUAUAUGAACGAGCAGACUCAUCGUCGACAACUUCGUGUGCGGCAUCCAUCGUUGCUCCGAAGCAAAAUGUCUGGGAUAGUCUAACAGAUGAUGAAUCCGCAUCCAUAACCCAAUGGCUCUUUGAUCAGCAAGACCUGAAUCUCACAAAAGCUAGCGAGGCUGGUGACUGGGACAAUACAGUGCUCUUGGUCGAAUUGAUGGUUCCCAACAAGACAGAUGUGCUGAGGUACAUAGACCAAAAUGAAACCGAACCAGUCAGAUUUGCGCAUGUUGUUAUUGCGCAUCGUUCUUCUCCUGAUCCAUACUAUGGCGAUUUGAUUGUCGGACCUUUGCCAGUGCAAAAUAAAACCACACGAUGGAACUACCUCGAAUACCCAUACACCCGAAAAACGAGUGGGCAGGUGCGCAAUCUAGAUGCUGACGAACUUGCGCUGGAGGCAUGGUUGUACAACAUCACUGCAUCUAUCCAAGACAUCACCCUUGCUCUAUGGAAUGGGUCGGCGCUUGGUCUCCCGAAUGACACCAUUAGUCUCAGUGGCAUCAGUCCAUACUGGCAGGAUGAUGGCCGUGUUGUGAGUUGGUACACACUGGUCAACCUGCCCACCGGAGAAUAUGAUAGUGCCACGCUACUGCCUCUGGGGCUUUGUUUCGGAGCAGAUGUUACAGGUAGAGAUCCUUCCAAGUGGAAGCUUGGAGGCUGGUGGUACAACAAUAUCUUCUACAAAAACAUCCACGACUUCAGAGCUGCCUUCAAAUCCCCCGGUUUUGUGAGGCUUGGUGCCAAUGUCGAUGGAAGUUGGACGAGUUUUGGUCAGCAAGGGCCAAUUAUGCCCUAUGAUACGUCCUCACCCCCAAUUUCUACUGCUGUUGGUGGUGCACGCUAUUCACUCGAUGCGGUGCAAAAGUAUGUAACCUGGAUGGAUUUCAGCUUUUAUAUAGGAUUUUCCCGAGAUUUGGGCUUGACUCUAUACGACAUACGAUUUAAAGGCGAAAGAAUCAUCUAUGAAUUAGGCCUCCAGGAGGCUUUAGCUCACUACGCAGGCAUUGACCCCGUCACGUCUGGAACGGCAUAUUUGGAUAGUUUCUCGGGAAUGGGCGCGAACGCAUUCGAGUUACUCAAAGGCUAUGAUUGUCCAGACUACGCGACCUAUCUCAACUCGUCGCUUUAUAAUGAAGAAACAACCGCCACAUAUCUGGACAACAUCUGUAUGUUCGAGUUCGACGCAGGGUUCCCCAUACAACGACACACAAAUACAAUAUUCGCAAGCAGCACAAAAAACAUUUACUUUACAGUGCGUUCUAUAUCGACCGUUGGAAAUUAUGACUAUCUAUUCAGCUACUCCUUUUACCUCGACGGUUCGAUCACUGUGGAGGUUCGAGCAUCAGGGUAUAUCCAUUCAGCAUAUUACACAGGCCACGAGGAAUUCGGCUACCAUAUCCACGAUUUCCUAUCCGGUGCUAUGCAUGAUCAUGUCAUAAAUUUCAAAGCCGACUUUGAUAUCCGUGGGCAGGACAACACUGUGCAAUUCGUUCGCACAGUCCCAGUGACUCAGUCUUUUGUCUGGUCUGGAAACAAAGAUGUUAAUACAAUGAAGCUCCAACGUAGCUUCUUGGAGAACGAGGACUCAGCCCGCUUCAACUGGGGCGCUGACGAGGUGAAGCAGGUUAUUGUCGUUAACAAAGACCAACCCAACGAAUUCGGUGAAUACCCCGGCUAUCGCAUUAUGCCUUAUUCAGGCGGGACAUCGCGUCUUACAGUACAAAAGUCGAGCAACCUUGUAAACUCGGCGACGUGGGCCGGCUACGAUCUUCAAGUGACCAAACAGCAUGAUACCGAGCCUCGAUCUGCACACCCAUAUAACCUCGAAGAUGUAUAUAMCCCGCCGAUCAACUUCGAUGACUUCUUCAAUGGGGAGAAUCUCACUCAGACCGAUCUAGUGGUCUGGUUCAACUUGGGCAUGCACCAUCUUCCAGAGACAGGUGACUUGCCCAACACCGUGUUCACGCAAGCGCGCAGUGGAGUGCAGUUUGUUCCAUCGAAUUUCCUCCCUAGUGACCCAAGCCGACAAACUGUUCAACAGGAGCGGGUGAAUUAUACCUCUGGCUACAAUGCAAGCAUCCAGCAAUUCUUGCACGACCACAAACCCAGUGACCCCGACAUAUCCGGGCUCCCAAAACGAUAUACAGUCUACCAACCAAUGCUGUUACUUUCUGGCAACGCAUUCACAGUACCUCCGGAAUGGUCAGAGCGCUAUGCGUCUCUAUCAGAAGCAGAGCGCCAGACACUAUACGCAUCAAUCGUCAACGCCUUCAAAACCAAGGGCCAAACAAUAACACACAUCGCCAUGAAUGCACCUAUCCAACUAAAUAAUUGUCAGGGUAAUGAGAAUCUAAUGCGUAGUCCGAACGGACUGAUGCCAUUAUACGGCGAUUUCGGGGAAUUGCUCGAUUACGACCACAGCCCAACCGGGCAAGAUCUCGAGAAUGCGUUUUGGGUUCACACAGUUCAGAACGGAGGCAUAGUCCAGUACUGGGCUCCGCUUUAUACGAUGUUCUCAAGAGGCAAUAUUACAGAAAAGGCUCGUAUAUUAGGUCUUGAGGGACACUUCGCGGGUCUGGAUGAGUCUUCUCUCAAAGGGCAGAGGAUAGAGGAUGUCAGCGUCGUUGACCUCUAUGCUGGGAUUGGGUAUUUUGUGUUUUCGUAUUUGAAGAGAGGAGUUAAAAGGGUAUGGGGCUGGGAACUCAAUGCGUGGUCUGUUGAGGGGUUGAGGAGAGGGUGUAUCGAGAAUGGAUGGGGAUGUAAGGUUGUUUCUCUUACGCAGGGGGAGGAUGGAGGCUUGCCUUCUGUGCUGGAUGAUGAUAGUCUUGCGAAUCUCUUGGACGAGCUUACGGAUGAGGUUCGUGUCGUCAUAUUCCAAGGCGACAACCAAUCCGCAACCGGGAUCAUGGAGAGAAUACAGCCUGAGCUAGAGAAACGAGGGCAGUGGGCUGCUGUGCGACAUGUCAAUAUGGGCUUGUUGCCUUCUGCUCGGCCUACGUGGGAUACUUCGCUCAGACUUCUGGGUAGGAAAUCCGGGGGUUGGGCUCAUGUACACGAGAAUGUGGAUGUUGCUGAAAUUGGGAGCUUGAGAGAUGAGAUUGUGGCCGAGUAUACCAACCUAGCCAGACAGCUGGAUGACGUCGACAAGGAAGAAUUAUCGAUCCAUUGUGACCAUGUGGAAGAGGUCAAGACAUAUGCGCCUGGCGUCAUGCAUUGUGUUUUUGAUAUCCAGAUCGACUUUGAAAAGAGAUGA